CAAUGUUUCCUAAAAGGCUCGCCAGCUCCUACAGGAAUCACUUCCGGGUCGACGACUCAAAAGCGGAAGUUGUCUUGUAAACAACAGCUUGCGCCGGCUGUUGGCUGAAUUUCAGGAUGGCGGACGAGGAGGACGAGACCGCCUUCGACGAGGAGCUGGACGAAGGCUGCGGCGGGGUGGACGUGUGCCACGGCCGCAGGAAGAGGCUCUUCUCCAAGGAGCUCCGCUGCAUGAUGUACGGCUUCGGGGACGACCAGAACCCGUACACCGAGUCAGUGGACAUCCUAGAAGACCUCGUCAUCGAGUUCAUCACGGAGAUGACCCACAAAGCCAUGUCCAUCGGGCGCCAGGGCCGCGUCCAGGUGGAGGACAUUGUCUUCCUCAUACGGAAGGACCCCAGGAAGUUCGCCAGAGUCAAAGACCUGCUCACCAUGAACGAGGAGCUCAAGAGGGCCCGCAAGGCUUUCGACGAAGCAAAUUAUGGCUCAUAAUCAGCUGCAUACGUUUAUCUUUUACACUCAUUAUUUAGUGAUGUGUGUCCUCCAUACGUGAAAUAAACUUGUUUAAUUGUC